GCCUCCCGGCGCCAAGAUUAUUCUGGACCCUACCAACCCAUCGAAAACCUCCACGUAGCACACGCUUUUUGGGACAGCCCUCGCCCUACUUACGUGGGAUCUCCCACUUGAACCCCUCAGAAUCUUCUCCCCUCAAUACGCGGUCGUCUAGGCACCCCUCCCAUACGCCGUCGUAUCUCCGUUUACACCGAUCCCGGCGUGCCACGUAAAGUAAAAGCCUGUCCCUACUCUCCCUCUCUCGCUGUCUCUAGCUUCCCUUCGAAGUCAAUCAGAAUUUUGAAUUCUGAUAGCUUUUUCUCCGGCGGAAUUUCCCAAUUCCGGUCUGAGAAUUCCGAGUUCUCUGACGAAAUGAGACCUGAAUCUUCCGAUUCACUGGUCCUCUGAAAUUGAACACCGAAGUAUGAGCGAUCAGGUCACUUAGGUCUAUUGCUGAUCUCGCGGAAGCAAAAGAUUGCCAAUCUGAGCUUCCUUCAGAGUCCGCGAGAUUUUCCAUUUCGGAAUUCGAUUUCGGAGUCCUUUUCGUCGUUCGGAGCAGAAACGAUGUCGUCGAAGGUGGUGUACGAAGGGUGGAUGGUCCGCUACGGGCGGAGGAAGAUCGGGCGCUCGUUCAUCCACAUGCGGUUUUUCGUGCUCGGGUCUCGCUUGCUCGCUUACUACAAGAAGAAGCCUCAGGACAAUCAGGUUCCAAUUAAGACCAUGGUGAUUGAUGGAAACUGUAGAGUGGAGGAUCGUGGCCUGAAGACGCACCAUGGACACAUGGUUUAUGUAUUGUGUGUAUACAACAAGAAAGAGACGCACCAUCGAAUCACGAUGGCAGCAUUCAACAUCCAGGAGGCAUUAAUCUGGAAGGAAAAGAUUGAGCUUGUUAUUGAUCAGCAUCAGGGAUCACAAGCUUCAAAUGGGAACAAAUAUGUCUCUUUUGAAUAUAAAUCUGGGAUGGAUAAUGGAAGGGCUGCCUCCUCAUCUGACCAUGAAAGUCAGUUCAGUGCACAGGAGGAUGAAGAUGAUGCUCAUCCAAAUUUGUCGCGGCGAACAACAAUUGGAAAUGGUCUUCCAGAGUCGGUGUUUGACUGGACACGAGAAUUAGACUCAGAAUUAUCAAACCAGAAUAUCAACAAUCAAGCAUUUUCCAGAAAGCAUUGGCGUCUUCUCCAAUGCCAAAAUGGACUUCGCAUUUUUGAAGAACUUUUGGAAGUUGAUUACCUUCCAAGGAGCUGCAGUAGAGCAAUGAAGGCUGUUGGCGUUGUGGAGGGUACCUGUGAAGAAAUAUUUGAACUUGUUAUGAGCAUGGAUGGGACACGGUUUGAGUGGGAUUGCAGUUUCCAGUAUGGUAGCUUAGUCGAGGAGGUGGAUGGACAUACAGCAUUACUUUAUCACAGGCUCCAGCUGGACUGGUUUCCGAUGUUUGUGUGGCCUCGUGAUCUUUGUUAUGUACGAUAUUGGCGCCGAAAUGAUGAUGGAAGUUAUGUUGUCUUAUUUCGCUCUAGGGAGCAUGAGAACUGUGGUCCACAGCCUGGGUAUGUACGAGCAAAUAUUGAGAGUGGAGGAUUCAACAUUUCCCCUCUAAAACCUCAAAAUGGGAAGCCCAGGGCACAGGUACAGCAUCUUAUGCAGAUUGAUCUGAAGGGAUGGGGUGUGGGUUAUGUAUCAUCAUUUCAGCAACAUUGUCUCCUACAAAUGUUAAAUAGUGUUGCUGGACUUCGUGAAUGGUUUGCCCAAACAGAUGAGAGGAAUGCUCCUCCAAGAAUCCCAGUAAUGGUUAAUAUGACCUCAGCUUCUGUCUCCUCAGAGAGGGGUGAGAAGCUGCAUGCAUCUCUUCAUCCUAGCACACAUACUGAUCAAAUUAAUGCUGCAAACAGAAAUUCAGUGAUGAUGGAAGAAUACUCUGAUGAGGAUGAGGAAUUUCAAAUACCUGAGCCUGAACAAGAGGCAGACUCAUCUGGCCUUGAGAGUGAUUUCAAGAGAACAGUCUUGGAAGAAGAACCUGUUGACCAAAUUGAUUUAUCCUGUUUUUCGGGCAACCUCCGACGUAACGACCUUGAUAAUGCACGUAACUGCUGGAAAAUUUCAGAAGGGAACAACUUUAGAGUCCGGAGCAAGCAUUUUUGUUUUGAUAAAACAAAGAUUCCUGCAGGGAAACAUCUAUUGGAUCUUGUUGCUGUUGAUUGGUUCAAGGAUACCAAAAGAAUGGACCAUGUUGCUAGGCGUCAAGGAUGUGCAGCACAAGUUGCCUUGGAAAAGGGGCUUUUCUCUGUGGUCAUAAAUUUGCAAGUACCUGGGUCAACACACUACAGUAUGGUAUUUUAUUUUGUGACAAAGGAGUUAGUACCUGGAUCCCUUUUACAAAGAUUUGUUGAUGGUGACGAUGAAUUCCGCAAUAGUAGGCUGAAGCUCAUCCCAUCAGUUCCCAAGGGCUCAUGGAUUGUGCGCCAGAGUGUUGGGAGCACCCCUUGUUUAUUGGGGAAAGCUGUUGAUUGUAACUAUAUCCGUGGCCCUAAGUACUUGGAAAUUGAUGUGGACAUUGGUUCUUCAACUGUUGCCAAUGGAGUUUUGGGGCUUGUAGUAGGUGUAAUCACAACAUUGGUGGUAGACAUGGCUUUCCUUGUACAGGCAAAUACUACUGAUGAAUUGCCGGAGCGGCUGAUUGGUGCUGUCCGCGUUUCUCAUAUAGAGCUUAAAUCUGCUAUAGUCCCCAAGCUGGACCUAGAAGCAUCAUGACUGACUGAGGUGUUUGACCUCUACUGAGUUACUCAAAAUCAUUUGUUUAGAUAUGCAUGUAUUCUAUUCCAUUUCCCAUUAGAUUGCCAUUUUACAUGGUACCGGAAAGCACAUGUUAUCAUUGUUUUCCAAUUAGAUUUUUGUAUAAAAUAGUGAAAGAGAAGUGUUUUUUUUUUUUUUUUGUCCGCCUACAGUACUACUCUAAAAUAAGCUUUACAGGAAAGGGUUAAAUUGGUUUGUUAAUAUUUCUCUCAUUGACCAAUAGUUUUUUCUUUUCCUCACCCAAUCAUAUGAGAAAUGUUCGUGAUAUGCAAAUUCAUGCCAGUUUAAGGUGCCUUAAUUUUAGUGUUUAUACUAAAACACUUGGUUCUU